UGGGCACAUGUAGAAAUUUUGCCUAAAAUUAACAUUGACUUUGGUGCCUUGUUUACAAACUUUCUACUGCGAUCUCACGAAAAUUUUCUGUCAGUUUCGCAAUGUGCGGUGAAAAACCUCGCAUUUGAUACGUGCGACUCAUAUUUUAGUUUGUUUAUUUAUUAAACUACGAAUUGAACAUUUAAAAUGAGUAUGCCAAACGGAUUGUUUUCCAGAAUUUGGGAUGCCCCGUAUGGCAAGACUAGUUCUUUUCAUUUCUUUGAUGCUGCUAAAAAUAGCAGAGAGUUUGUGCAAAAAUUGCAGUUACAGAUCAAGAUACCUGCUCACACAGGCUGUGUAAACAGUAUUUGUUGGAAUGAAAACGGAAGAUUUCUGUUAUCUGGUUCAGAUGAUCAGCGUCUAUCUGUAGUUCAUGGCCAUAAUUAUUCAGUUCUGGCUGUCAUACCAACUGGCCAUCGAGCAAAUAUAUUUAGUGCAAAAUUUCUACCGAAUACAGAUGAUACAAAGGUGGUGUCAUGCUCUGGUGAUGGUAUCAUUAUUUUUUCACACUUAGGAAGAGCUGAGACAAGUUUAAAUAAUAAGUUCAACUGCCACAGAGGAACUGCAUAUGAAAUAAUAACUGUUCCCAAUGACCCCAAUACUUUUCUGUCAUGUGGAGAAGACAGAACUGUAAGGUGGUUUGAUGUUAGAACAAAACAAUGCUGUCUUAAAGAUAACUGUAAAGAUGACGUUUUAAUCAAUUGUCGAUCGCCUGUAACAUCAUUGGCUGUUAAUCCACUCUCUCCUUAUCAACUAGCUGUUGGAUGUGGUGAUGCUUCCGUCCGUAUAUAUGAUCGCAGGAUGCUUUCAACUCAAACUGCAGGUACGAAUAAUAGUUUUCGAGCUUUAAUGACCUGCUUCACGGUGCCAGAGUUUACUCAAACCAGAAGAAUAACUUCCUUGUGCUACAGUUCUGAUGGACAAGAGAUGUUAGUCAGCUAUUCUUCGGACUAUAUAUAUUUGUUUGAUGUCAGGGAUAAUUUAGAUAAGAAACCGAAGAUGCUGUCUCGUAAUUCAUCAGAUGGAUCUGACAGUGAUUCUGGUGUUCUUCUCGGUCGUCCUCUUGUUAAGCGGUUAAGGGUUCGUGGUGAUUGGUCUGAUACUGGCCCUAAUGCUAGGCCAGAAGCUGAAUCCAGAGGUGAUUCUACGCAGCAGGAUUCUUCACACGAGUUUAGCCUCGUCAGGAGAAUGACGGACAUACUCACUAGAAUGUUCUACGACUCAUCUCGAAAUCGCUCCUCCCGAUCUGAAGUAUCACAGUCUUCCUCUGAAUCCUCCCAGGCUUUCUCACGCUCUGAAUCUGAUGAAGGUACUAAUGACAACGAGCAUGGGGAGUGGGGGUCUACUCAUGGAGCUACAGAUGUCCAAGCUAACUCUCAAGCAGCCCAAGAAAGUGAACCAGUAUGUGAAGCUGGAUCUUCUAGUGGUGCUUCAAGAAAGAAGGGUAAAGAAGAUUCAAAAGAACAAAGAGGAGCAAAAUGCUCCAGCUUUGAAUCUGAUUCAAAUGUCCCUGAUAAAGAACAAGAAAGAGACUCUUUGAAAAGUAAAAAUAGAACUGAAAAAAUUGCACAAGCUAAAGUGGAAGCACAACCCAAUACUGAAAACAAAGGGAAAAGAAGACUUAAUGUAAGAGACAAAGUGUUCACAAAACUGGACAGUGAAAACAAAAGAAAACGAGAGCAAGAUAUAGCCAAUGAUAAAACUUGUGAUGAUAAUAAUGUAGUCUGUGAUACUUUAGCAACAACAAAUGAUUCUUUGUCAAAGCAUGCAGUAGCAAAUUCUUCCGAAUCUGAGCCAAGUACAUCCAAAAAUGUGCCUGAUCCCAGCUAUGGUGUAAAUGAGAAUUAUAUUCCAUCUCAGCAAGAAGAAGACAUAUCUGAAUCUGUUAACUUAGAUUUCAAGAACAUUGAAGAAAAAUUGGAGUCUAGAAGGAAAGAUUUAAUAGAAAAGCACCAUGCAGAGCCUAUGAUGAAUUUUCAUUAUUCUGGCGAAGGGGUCAGUAGUGGCAUCAUAACAAUGGAUGUAGCUAGCUCAAGUACACCAAAUGAAAGACAGUGGCUCGAGCAAUCGGCGUCAGAUUUACCUGAUCUUCCCUCUGAUUUAUCUUUGCCUACAUCAGUCCCAUCACAGCCUUCUGAAAACGUUGAGCCCACAAGAGAUCCACAAUCAAGUUCUGAAAGCGAAACAGACGUCGUUUUGGAUUCUGUUCAACCAAACUCGGACUUCAAUCGCAUAGUUAGGGUGCCAUCGGGGGAUCUAGUCAACUCUGCGUUUGAGCCUACACCUCGAGUUAGAACAACUGUUGAAAACCCUGGAAGAGAUAUUGAGUUCAGGAUGGAAGUAGACUCCUGGGAUACUGAUAGUGAGGAUGAUACCAGAAGUCGCGCUGCACGAAGAACACGUUUUGAAAGAAGACCAAGCUUUGACAGUCGACUUCCAUUUUUGUCUUCACUAGAAGACGAAAUACAAACUAAAAGUGAGGAUGGCAACAAAGAGGAACUACAGUUUGACAAUGUUACUCAACCAAGAGUGAAAAGAAAAUAUACUGGCCACAGAAAUGCCAGAACAAUGAUCAAAGAGUCUACAUUUUGGGGUGAUAAUUUUAUCAUGAGUGGCUCUGAUUGUGGUCAUAUUUUCGUUUGGGAUAGAGAAACAACAGAAUUAGUGAUGCUGAUGGAAGCGGAUCAUCAUGUUGUUAACUGCUUGCAACCACAUCCCUUUGAUCCUAUUCUUGCCUCAAGUGGAAUUGACUAUGACAUUAAAAUUUGGGCUCCUUUAAAAGAAGAACCAUUUUUUGAUAGAGAAAAAGCAGUUGAGAUUAUUCAGCGCAAUGAAGUCAUGUUGGAAGAAACAAAAGACACCAUUACUGUGCCAGCAAGUUUUAUGUUUCGUAUGCUUGUAUCUCUAAGUGAUUAUAGAGCUAGUCGAAUCAGAACUAGAGAAUCAAUUCAAAGGCUUAGGCAAUUUGUGUCAGGGGAUGAAUCAAGGACAUGAUACUAUUAAUUUAUUUGAGUUUUAAUUUAUAAUGCUUGUUUACUUGUUAUUUUAGUGUUUUUAGAUUUUAAAGAAAGUUCCUUUAGUGCUGUUGAGUUGCUUGUUGAUAAGACUUUUAUGCAUUUAUUUAUGUAUUGUUUAAAUCUCAAAACUAAGAAGAAAAGUAUUUGUUUUCUUUUAAAAUCAAUAAAUUUUAUUCACAAAAAUCAGAAA